ACGAGGUUUAUAUUCACAAACUCGUCUAGCCCAUUGGCUUCCUUCAUGACUUCGACUCCCCUUGAAAGAGAGAGCGCUAAAGUCAGCCUUGAACAAAGUUCCUUUUCUGGUCACACUUCAUCAGUUGACCUGGCAACAUCGACUGGCCCUAAGCUUGAAGAACUUCCAUCUGUGACCCGUCCAGCCGCCCCCGGCUCUAUGAUACUGGGCUCUACGCAGGCUCCUGGGCUUGCCAGCCCUGAAUCCAGCUCCGAGUCAGAGAGGCCUUUCUUUACGUCAGAUUCACUUGACAACGCUCCCCCAAUUGAUGACACAACCGAGUCCACUACUGGCACCACCAUGGACUCAACAACCUCCGACUCGACUUCAGACUUCAUAACGACCGACCCUACGACCUUCGCUACAGAUUCUACCUCAGAGUUUACUACAGACUCUACCACCGACUCGACCACAGAUUUCACUACCGAUUCUACUACCCAAGACGAGACGACUACGACCACAAUGACCCCUACCACCAGCGAAUGUAUACCUUUUGGCGCCACUCCUUCCCUCAGUAACCCUACUGCACUCGUAAGCGACAGCCAAAGCGUUGACGACGCUUUCUACUCCGUCUCUCUACCGCUCGCCAUCGGCGCCUUUGAUGUCUACGACACAAAUGUCUUCGUCAGCACAAACGCCAUGGUCACACUGGGAUCCGGGACUCGCGUUUGGUAUUCUACCCCAUUGCCAGCUGAUACCGUCCCGGAAGUCACGGUGUUCGCGUAUUGGUUCGAUCUUGUAUACCGGGGCUUCCCAGGACACGGAGUCAGGUACGAGGUCUUCAAUGGACCUCAGGGUCGUCAGGUCACCUUUGAGUGGAGGGGGUUAAACUAUGCGACACAGACUCUCCGCUUCCAUAUCCAACUCAGUUUCUAUGAGGACUUCCCUGGCCGGCUUAAUGCCUCGUUCAUUACUACGGCGAAUAAGGGGGAAGGUGCCACUAUAGGAGCACAGAAUCAGAGAGUUCCAACUUUCUUACAGUGGUCGUAUAAUACUCCAGGUUCAGUUCCGGACGGGACGUAUGUUCUGUUCGAAACUGAUGGAGGGAAGCCUCAGUCUAUGACGACUGGCCUGUUGCCACGCUGGGGCUGUUCUGACUAA